ACAAUGUAGACAAGGACAGGUAAAAACCCCCCACAGAGUGGAAAAGAGAAUUCUUUAAGCCUCUCUGUCCCAACGGUGUCUUCCACAAAUUUUUGAUCUUUCGAUUUGGGUCUUCGACUAGUCUGCGUUCCUGCCGCUCAGGAUUGGAUUUUCAAGAACCCUUUUCUUUGACAUACAGGAUCUGUAGCCUGAAUAAGUUGUGGUGCUUGAUUGACCGAGAAUUGCACUUAAAUUCAAGGUUUGAAAUUGUUAUCUGCUAUUACAGCCAUUUGUGGAUCUCAGAUGGAUGAUGGAGCGCACCGUGAAAAUGGAAGACACAAAGCAGCUCAGAGUCAGUGGAUGAUGCAACAUCAGCCAACGACAAUGAAACAGAUAAUGUCCAUUAUGGCGGAAAGGGAUGCAGCUAUUCAAGAAAGAAAUUUGGCCCUUUCUGAAAAAAAGACGGCUAUUACAGAGAGGGACAUGGCAUUUCUGCAAAGAGAUACAGCAAUUGCAGAACGAAAUAAUGCUCUAUUGGAACGAGACAAUGCCAUUGCCACUCUUCAAUACCGGGAAAACUCCUUGAACAAUGGCAAUAUGUCGCCAUGCCCACCAGGAUGCCAAAUCUCGCGUGGGGUGAAGCACAUGCACCACCCUCAGCAGCACAUACAUCAUUUACCCCACAAGGGCGAGGCUUCUUACAAUGCAAGGGAAAUGCACACAAGUGAUGUCCUUGGAAUAUCACAAGUUGCUUCUGAGGCUGCAAAGUCACGACGGGCUAAACGAACAAAGGAGACCAAGGGAGCGUCAUCUGAUAAGAAGGCUUCUAAACCUCCAAGGAAGUUUAAAAGGGAGAAUGAUGACUUGAAUAAGAUGAUGUUUGGCAAGACACAUGAGUGGAAGGGUGGGCAAGAUAUGGGUGGUGGAGGUGAUGAUCUGAACAGACAGACAGGCAUUUCAAAAUCUGAUUGGAAGGGGCAGGACCUGGGGUUAAAUCAGGUUGCAUUUGAUGAGUCUACCAUGCCUGCACCUGUAUGCUCCUGCACUGGAAUGCUCAGACAGUGUUACAAAUGGGGAAAUGGGGGGUGGCAAUCUUCAUGCUGUACGACCACCAUGUCAAUGUAUCCUCUACCAGCGGUGCCCAACAAGCGGCAUGCCCGAGUAGGUGGGCGAAAGAUGAGUGGAAGUGCCUUUAGCAAGCUGCUUAGCCGCCUUGCAGCAGAAGGCCAUGAUCUCUCAAAUCCUGUUGAUCUGAAGGACCACUGGGCCAAGCAUGGUACAAAUCGCUACAUCACAAUUAAGUAGACUUGUAAAUUUUCAGUUGAAUGGAGGAAUUGGGAGAUAGGGAAACGGCGCUGAAUAAACUGGUAUGCAUUUUGAACUUUUUUUCCUUUUAGCCAUGGAUUUGAUAAUUGGCACAACAGAAGGAACUUGGUAGGGAUGUGGCCUGUUUACUCUUUCCUGCAGAUAAUUUGCUUCCUCCGUUGGUCAUCUAUCUUUGUUGUCCACAUAAUAAAGAAUGGAAGGCUUCUCUAUCUUCCUUUUUUAUCUUCCACAUUGAACCAAGGCCGAAGCUUGCCUUGGUUUAGGAAUAGGUAGUUGUCCAUCUGAAGUGAUCUGUCCUUGAAACUUGUAAGCCUAGGUAGCUGUGAAGUUUAUCUCAAGGUCCAGUAUAUUUGUAUGAAAAAGUGUAAUUCAUAAUCCAAAAUUUUCAAUGAACAAUUUGCUAUGUAAGAUUAUUUUUGCUA